AUGGCGAACGGUGACGUCAUAAACUUCAACAGGUACCCGAGCGCCAUGCUGGACGAGAGUGAGAUGAAAACAUUGGAUAUCGCAAUGUCAUGUGACCCGGAUCGCUCCAGCCACUAUUCUCACCACAACCACCACCACCACCAUCACCACCACCACCACUUACAGCAGCAGCAGCAGCAACAAUCGAAUCACGUGAUUCCAAAUAACCUGAUGACAACAACGACCACAAUCACUCCGUCGUCGACAGCCGCGACUUCAGAAUCGUGCGACUCGAAAUCCCGAAGAAGCCAAUGCUUGGCCACAUCCGGUGUCAUCGUAACCGGAAAUGGAUGCGAAGGCGGACCCGGAAACGGAAGUAGCGUUGGGAGGAACGCCUGGAGGAGUGUGGUGGGAGGCUGCAGACGACUGAAGGAGAGAUGCCAGCAGGAUGACGACCACACAAACAGUUUUCUUUCCAUCUGCAGUCGGGUCUUCCUCGUCGUCGUCAAUUUCUUUUUUCUGGUUUGUUUGGCUCCGUAG